UUUCGUGUCUAUAAAUUGCCUCUUCCACCUCGUGCUUUUGAUUAUGAAUUAGGCUUACCUGGUACAGUAAAUGGAUUUUUCGAGAAUGUGCCUUUAAACAAUCCGGUUAAAGUUCUAGUUAGAGCUUACUUUAUACAGGCAAUGGGCUUGCAGCCUUCGGACUUUACAAACACAACGGAUGCCUACAUAGUUUUACGAAUGGAGAAACACAAGAUAAGCAACAGGAGUCAUUACGUCUCCAAACUUUUGAAUCCAGUCUUCGGAGAGUGUUUCGAGUUUGUGGCCAGUUUUCCUGCUGAAUCCAUACUCAACAUUCAAGUGUGUGACUGGGAUCUUAUGGGCUCGGAUGAUCUGAUAGGAGAAACAACCAUUGAUUUGGAAAAUAGAUUCUACAGUAAACACCGCGCCACUUGCGGACUUCCUAGGUUUUAUGAAAAAGAAGGAGCGAAUGCUUGGAGAGAUGCUUUAACACCUUUAGAGAUAUUGAAAGUGCAAUGCCAGCGGAACCAAUUAAACGGACCUCACAUACGAGACUGUGAAAUUCGAAUAGGAAAUAGAAUUUUCGAAUUCGAUAAUGCAUUGAUGGGUAAAGAUGGGAAUUUAGAAAACUUCGCUCUCUGCUUGCUUCACCGUUGGGGUGAAAUAUGUCCUAAGAACGGAUGUCUAGUACCAGAGCAUGUCGAGACACGUACAUUAUACCAUCCAAAAAGAUCGGGAAAGUCACAGGGACGAUUGCUGAUGUGGUUGGAUAUGUUUGCCGAAGAUCAGACUCCAUCUUCGGAUCCCAGAGAGGUAGCCAAACGCAGACCAGACAGUUAUGAACUGCGAGUCAUAAUUUGGAACACAGAUUCUGUGAAACUAGCUGAUGACGCUUUUUUAACAGGAGAAAAAAUGUCAGAUAUCUAUGUUAAAGGGUGGCUGACUGGAAAAGAUGUUCAAACAACAGACGUUCAUUACAGAUCUUUGACUGGAGAGGGUAACUUUAAUUGGCGCUUCAUUUUCCCCUUCGAUUACCUUGCCACCGAGCGACAAAUAAUGGUGAUGAGAAAGAUGCACGUCCUGUCAAUAGAUGAGACUGAGUACAAGUUGGCAGCUUACCUUCAUCUGGAGGCAUGGGAUGCUGAUCGUUUCUCAUCUGAUGACCCUCUAGGAGCCCUGACCAUCAAUUUGAAUCGUGUUCCUAGAGGUGCAAGGACCGCGAAGUUGUGCAAUCUCUCGAUACUUCAGGACGCUACUACUCCCAAAGUGUCACUCUUUAAACAAAAACGUGUUAAAGGAUGGUGGCCACUGACAGAAUCACUCAGAGAUGGUAAAAGGGAACAAACGGGUAAAAUUGAAAUAGAACUCCUUCUUCUUACGGCUGAAGAAGCACAAAACUCCCCUGCUGGUCUAGGCAGAAAGGAACCCGACGCACUACCAGAGCCCAAGCGACCUGAAACUUCUUUCAUCAACUUCGUACAUCCACUGAAAACCUUUCGUUAUGCUUUCUGGAAGCGAUACAAGUGGGGGACGCUUGAUUGGCUGGGUGCUGGACUCACGUUCAUGAGAACAGGAGUUCAAAUCCAGCUGGCUGAAAACUCCCCGUGUAGUAAAUAG